AAUGUCAUUUAACAACUCAUCAGCUAACAAUUCUUCAUUCUUUUCAUAAACUUCAUUAAAAUAUAUCGAAACCUAUUACGAUGAAGAAUUGGAAUAAUAAGAAUUGGAAGAAGAAAAAUAGAUUUUCGCUUAAAUGUUUUAAACUCAUUAUAACACUACUAGCUUGUUCAUUUAGACUGUUUAAGAGUCUGAUAUUUCAAAGUAACAAAUUUAAUAAAAUUUACUUUUAUUAGGUAAACAAAAAAAUUGAGAAUCUUAAAACGAAAACUUCGUAAACUGAUGAGAAAGCAAAUAAGUAGAGGGAGUGUUGUUAAAGAUUAAGGGUAAGGAGGGUCCAAUAGUACAAUGACAUAAUUAAAUUAAUCUAAAAAUUAUCCGGAUAAUGAGGGUCCAGAUAAUGGCAUAAUAGGUAAUAAUUAUUAAAAAACUGAUAAUUAAGAAAAUACAAUUAUACUUGAACCUAUUAUAAAUCCAGAUAUUAUUAGUAUUUCGUCGUUGCAUUUAUGUUAAGUAUUUAUUUAAUUUUAGCAUCUCAGAUUGAUAU